AUGCAGGAAGCCACCGCCUCCUCCUCCGAUUUAGAAUGGGGCUCGACUUCAACACAGCAUGCAGAGUUCGAUACCGCACGCAUGAGCCUUCCUCUAAGCGAGCAUAGCAUCGAGCUGCUCGACUUCCUCCCAUGCGCACGAGACUCCUCCUCCUUUGACUCGGGCUCGGCUUCAAAUCAACGCAUAAACAGUAUUCUCCUUCUCUCUCGAAAGAGCCGCAGACUUUAUUCUUCCUUCUCUUCGCUUGCAACAACUUUUUCCUCUUCUUAUCCAUCUUCUUUGAGUCUUGUCAACUCAAACCUAAUAGCCGCCAAACCCAAUUCUUCUAACCCUAAGCACUCCGAACGAGUUGGCGAAGCCCUGGAUAUUGAAGAUAAGCAGACGGCCAAUCGAACAAUCCCUUGCCGCCACGUGUCGAUUCCCAUUUCGCUUAGUUCUCAGGCCGAGCUGGUUAUGCUGGAGAGCGAUUCCAAAGAAUCAUCGCAGAGGCAAAGAAGAAGAGCCGAUAAGAAGAGUUCAGUUGAUUUGAGCACCACCGCGACAAAGGAGAAAGCUGUUCAUGGCGGCGGUGGCGGCUUCUUCAGUGGCGGCAUCGCUUGGCGGAGCUGGUCUUCCGGCGGCGGGCUUUUUUGUUCCUGGAAUCCCCUCUUUCCUCCUCCUCCCGUACCGUCGCCGCUCUUUCGCCGCUCCCCUUCAAUUAUCCG